CUCGUCACGCUCGGACGCGGGCGGGGGGCGGGGAGCGCCUCCGAGUGACGCGCCCUCCUCGCUGUGCCCUUCAGCCGCCGCCGCAGCUCACCGGGCGCCACAUGGACCCAGCCGGCCCGAGCGCGCCCCGCCGCUGACCGCCUGCGCCCCGGGAAGGAAGAACACUCACUCCUGGCCACACUCGCAUGUGAGUUCUGACCCUUGGAGGAGCCGCUGUGGAAUCAGAGCAAUCGCCAUGGAGUUCGUGAUGAAGCAGGCCCUGGGAGGGGCCACCAAGGACAUGGGGAAGAUGCUCGGGGGUGACGAGGAGAAGGACCCAGACGCCGCCAAGAAGGAGGAGGAGCGGCAGGAGGCGCUGCGCCAGGCGGAGGAGGAGCGCAAGGCCAAGUACGCCAAGAUGGAGGCGGAGCGCGAGGCCAUGCGCCAGGGCAUCCGAGACAAGUACGGCAUCAAGAAGAAGGAGGAGCGCGAGGCCGAGGCGCAGGCCGCCAUGGAGGCCAACUCCGAGGGGAGCCUGACGCGGCCCAAGAAGGCCAUCCCGCCGGGUUGUGGGGACGAGGUCGAGGAGGAGGACGAGAGCAUCCUGGACACCGUCAUCAAGUACCUGCCCGGGCCGCUGCAGGACAUGCUCAAGAAGUAGCCCCGCGCAGGACAGCGGCCCCGCGGAGCCCCGCCCCUCCCCCCUGCAGACCCUCCGCGGAGGCCCCCAAGGGACGAGCAGAGUGCAGCCCCUACGCCGAUAUAAGCCAUAGCCCCAGGCCCGCCCUGCCUGCGCCCGCCGCCUCUCUCACCCGAGGGGCGCGCGCCCCCAGGACCCCCCAGUCCGCCCGGUGCUCCUCUGCCCGCGGGUGGCUGGAGCCCCAUCGCCUGGGACGCCCCUUCCUCUUGCCGUUUACCGCCCACCCAGCAGCGCCCGAGGCCAGGGCCGCCGGAAGGGCAGCCCCGCGACCACCCCUGUGCACUCAUUAGCGGCGGUGGGCGCCUGUCGGGCCCGCACUCAGGAGCACAGCCAUAGCAGAUGGGGGGUUGCGGGCGGGGCGGGGGCGGCAAGGCCUGGGCCCCCCUCCCGCGCGCGGAUUCCGGGGUUCGGAUCGCGCCGCCGUGAGUGUUCGCGCCCGCACGUGGCCGCUCUCCGCCCCCCAGGCUGCCCCCCUCGCGCCCCUGUCCGUCAGUCUCUGUCCCCGUCCUUUCCUCUCCUUUCUGGAAGGUUUCGCUUCUUACGAACGCCACGGCCGUGUUCACUACUAAACUAAAGGAAACAAAGCAAUAGGUUUGGGGGACGCUAAGACCCCCCACCCCCGUCACCCCGCUCUUCCCGAGUCCUCGCCCCUCGCCCCCCACCCGGCCUCCUGGCCUCUCCGCCGACGCGGCUGCUGCUUCUCCCUGGGGUGGACCCCUGCCCUCGCCCAUUGAACUCUGCACCCUCCACAGGAGCCGCAGAGGCCCGAGGCACCCAGGGGGUCUCCGGACGCUGGAGACCCUGCGCCCCUGCCCAGCGCCUCCUCCGUGGGCAGCUCCUCGGGUGGGGCCUGCGGGGUUCCCUGCGCGCAGCCGGCGCCAGUGUGGCCGAAUCCACCUGGUGGCCCUGCGGGGCGGCCUCCGAGUCCCUGUUUCUCCUCCAUUCAUGUUUAAUUUGCAUCACAAUUUGUUGAAUCUCAGGUAAAUGAGGUCUUUGCAUUUAAUGAGUUUUAUCUUGACAGGCGUCGCCUCGCCCCCCAGGCCCUUUCCGUCCACAUCACAAAUGCAUCAAGUCUACACGUGUUUCGGGCCAGGGUUGGCUUGGCAUUGACCUUCAUGACCUUACAUAGCUUUAGAGAAGCCAUAACGUUAGACUGCAAUACUAACGACCUACGCCCUUCCCGGCAGAGACCACCGCGCCCCUCUGCGCCCCAGCGACGCGGCCCGCGGGGACGUCGCUGUCCGUCCUGCUCGCCCUGUGCCCUCUCGCUGACUUCUCCCGGGUCGUGUCUUAUAAAAACUCCUGUUUUCACACCUUUCAAAGCCAGCUCUGAGCAGACAGGGCGUCCUCUCUUAGAACCUGCGCACCCCGUUCCCAGCGCAUGGCGCCCGGGGCCGCGAGCUUAGCUUAGACCGUGGUGUCCUCUGUCCGUUUGUCCUGCGCCUGCGCCUCCUCCUGCAUGUCGGGGCCCCUGCGUGUGUUCUCUCCGGAUGGAAUCACAGCCAAUAAACACCAGUGAUUUCA